AUGCUUGGGCCAUUUAACUACACUGGUGUAGCAAGUUGUGACACAGGCAAUGAGAAGUAUUGGGUUCAGGUAUUUGCUAAGGAGGAAGAAAUGAGGCAGCCUGAUAAGACAGUGCGUGACAGUGGUGAUCUGUCGUAUGGGAUCAUUGAUCCAGCACGUAGUCCAUGUACUCUGAUCACAGAAUGUGAUGUUGGUGAAAUGGUUAGGCCAUCAACUUUCAGUCAAAUUGAUCAGGGGAUACGAACGAAGACUGUUACGGUAUCAGGGGCAGUCAAUGAUAAGCCACAGAGUUCAUUACGUGACAAAUUGAGUAGAUUGAUCAAGGAAGCAAAUGCAAUGACUGUUUCACAGCCUAAUAAUCAGUCUAGUAUUCAGCCAAAUAAUCAGUCUAGUAUUCAACCUGCUAAGGUAUCAACUAUCACAUUAACUAAUACUGUAACCAACACCAUAACCAACACUAAGACAGUAACACAGGUGAGUACCAUGACAAAUAGCAGUUCAACCAGUACAAAUUCAGGUGCAGUGAAUCCAACUACUCUACUGAAUAAUCAACCUAAUAGCAAUAGUGGUAAUGGCAAUAGCAACAACAAUAACAAUAACAAUAUCAGUGCUAAUAGCAAUAGUAAUAGCAACAAUAAUAUCAUACCUGAAUUAGUCAAAGAACUCAAGAAUGAGUUGUAUAAGGAUAUUGUUGCUGAAGAAAUGGAUAAGAAGAAUAAGAAGAAUGACAUAUCAGAGAUGAUACAGGAUGCACUAAGGGAGAAGGACGAGGAGAGAGGGGGUGGAAAGAAUGGGCCUAAAAUAGACUUAGGAUAA